AUGGCUUCGACCUUCUCUAACAGUCUCUUGCGACAACCAGCUGCGUCGUGCGAGGAACCGUUGGUGAAUCUGAUCGAACGCCUCAGCGAAUAUGUACCACCGGAAAGGGAAGGCUUGCCACAGGGUGAGCGGCAGCGGUCAGGAAACGCCAUCGCACAUUCUGGGACGAGGACAGCCAGGCCUGCGACAGGCUCAAGAAUGACGGCAGGGGAAGAAAGGGGAAUGGGAGAAGGUCAGAGGGCCACCAGCAUGAACCGGACAGGAGUGAACUUGCGCAGAAUUGGAAAGGGCGUUGAGGCUCUGACCACGAGCAACCCGCUAAACCGGACCGAGCAGCAGCAGCAACAGCAGCAGCUCCCUCUCUGGGCAUUUGGGAGGGGGAAGUGGUUCAGACUCUGGUGGGCCACUGCUCGGAAGCUACUCGAACGGAGUAUCUAUGGUCAACACGACUGGGCCUGCCCUACCAAUCAGAUCUCAUGUCAUCCCACUCCUGAGCAGGGACUCAUGCACAUGAGCGAUUGUGGCGUUCCGUUGAUCGCCAGAUCAUUGCACCCCUUGGCAAGCAGUCUACUACUGGCUUCAAAGCUUACCCUGGGGCAGCAUUUAUUAAGGACACCUUUUGGAUGGGGACUCCAACAGCCAUGGGGGUUUCACUGUGGUUACAAGGAGAGUUUGUGUGCAACCAAGGCCUCUCUGAAACAUGCUUGCUUGUUUCAAGACUUACUCCUUCUCACCAUGACCCUUCUCGCCCCUGUCAUUCAAGGAAGAGACAUCUUGAGGAAUGAUGCCAUGAAGCUGAAAGGGAUGAAUCAGAAAAACAAAUAUGUAUUGAUCAACCCGACGAAAGCGGUGCUGGCACAGUUACUUGGAGUUUGCAACGAUGUCAUACUGUUCGUAGCUGAUGCUCGAGCCUGGAACUUGAUAACACUCAUCGCUCUGAUAUCAGCGGCUAAGCGGGGAUUGUCAAUGAACCAUGGGGGCUCAGAUACUAUCCGUGGACAAGGCUUGGGUAGACAGGGCGUUAAGCAUGAAAUGGAACUGGUAGCGGCCCACGAGCAAAGCCUGCAGCAGACCGGUCCGGAUAGCCUAAUAGGUGCAGAUGAAAAAAGAGGAGGCUGGGGGUGGAGCGGACGGGCGGUGAUCGGCUCCAACUCAGUCAUGGUCGAACUUCCCAAGCCAAUCAGCGGGGCGGAUGGGGCGGUGAUGAGGCCCCAUGAGCGACCCGGUGACUGCCCGAUCGGGCAUAAUGGCGAUGACGGGGCCGAGAUGGAGCAACAGCAAAAGCGAGGAGGCUGGACCAAGAAAACCAUCAGUCCUACCGUCUGA